AUGCGUAUGAUCAUGUCCUAUUAUCUAACCAUCCUACUCCAAAAGAUACCCCCGACGAUCCCAGAAUUCGACUUCUCAGGUAUCGUCGUCGCUCUUUCUGUCAAUGCAAAGCCGGCUCUCCGAGCAGAGUUCCCACCCGGCGCUCCCGUGCUGGGCAUGAAUGAUCGCAUCUUUGAGGCGGCGUCGGGGUUGGCAGCUGUGGCUUGUACGGCAAUGAAUCUUGUGACAAGGACCCGGGUGAAAAAGGGGGAUAGGGUACUAGUUAAUGGAGGUAGCUCCGGGACCGGGUUGAUGACUAUACAACUCGUGAAGGAUAUUGUGGGGGUGACGGGGAGGGUUGUGGCGGUUUGUUCAGUGAACAGUGAGGCAGCAGUUAAGGGGGUCAUCCACUACACCACCCACGACCCUUUACAUUCCCAUCCCGUAACGCACCACUCCCACGACAGCGCUAAUGGUCCUUUCGACCUCAUCUUUGACACCAUCAGCGUCCAGGACCUCUACACGCAUAGCGCUGCCUACCUCGUGCGCUCCAUCUCAAGCCUCCCACAAACAUUCCUCUGUAUCGGCCCCUCAAAACAUAGGAUCGAGAAAGUGAGCAAGUUUUUUGAGGAGGGGAAGUUGGGAGUUGUCGUGGGCUCUGUCUGGGAGAUGGACGGUGUAAUGAAGGCUUAUGAGCGGAGCAUGACGAGGCAUACGAAGGGGAAGGUGAUUGUGAAGAUCCAAGAGGUAUGA